CUUUUCCCGUCUAUAAUAAUAAUAAUAAUAAUAAUUCUGUAUAUAAUCCUCCUUUUGCAAAUUUCUCUGAAGAAAUAUCUAAUCGGCGAUUCAAAGUUUCAUAUUAAAUGGCUGGAAGAAACAGAUAUCCUCAUGAGGCAUAUGACAGUCAUCGUGGGUAUCCCCCGGAAAGGCCUCCCUCCCGGAUUCCUAUGGGUCGACCUAUGCCACCCCAUCCCAUCAUGCUGGAAGAAGAACUUGAAAUGCAACAUCAUGAAAUUCGCAGGCUUUUAGGAGAGAAUAGAAGGUUAGUUGAUGAUCGCGUUGUUCUGCAACGAGAGUUAGGUGCUGCGAGAGAAGAAGUUAGGCGAAUGAACAUUGCAAUAGAUGAUAUCAGAGCAGAUAAUGAGAUGCGUUCAAGGCAGCUUAUUGAUGAUGGCAUGAAACUCGAAGCUGAUCUUCGUGCUACUGAGCCUUUAAAAAAAGAGGUUAUCCAACUCCGUGAUGAAGUAAAGAGGCUUAGUUCUAUUAGGCAUGAUCUAUCUGGGCAGGUUAAGACUCUCACGAAAGACAUUGAGAAAUUACAAGCUGAAAACAAGCAACUUCCAGCGUUACGAGCAGAGCUUGAGGGACUACACAAGGAGCUUAUGCAUGCUAGAUCCGCCAUUGAUUACGAGAAGAAGGGUGCUUUUGAGCUUAUGGAUCAAAAAGAAGCAAUGGAAAAGAAUUUGGUAUCUAUGGCACGGGAAGUUGAAAAUCUUAGGGCAGAACUUGCAAAUACUGAUUCUAGAUCGUGGGGUAUUGGUGGAUCAUACAGGCUGAAUCACGGCAGUUCUGAUGGCAGUUAUCUUCGUCCUUAUGGCGAUGCAUAUGGACAUCAACUGGGUGCUGCUGACAAUCGUCUAUAUGGCUCAAGUUCUACUCUAUGGGAAGACCUUGAGAAAUCUCGAAUGACUCGUCGCUGACAUGUGGAUGGAACAUCUUCAACCCAAAAGGCACAUCUUCUUGUCAAAAUUAUUCUGUGUCCAUUACGGAGUGGGUCGAUGUGUAUGGUUCUUCUCAGUUAUGUUUACAUCGGUAAUCCCUUUGUUUGCUCUCAUUAGCCAUCUUAGGUAAGUGAAAGAAAAAAGGAUUAUUGGGUUGUUUUCUAUUACCGAUACCAACAAGGACUCUUUUGUGUGGUUGCCAUCUCAAGUUCUUAAUUAGUAAUUGAAGCAUAUGAGUUAGAGACUUUUUAAA